GCCAGUUUGAACUCGCCGUCUGACAUACAGCAGCUUUCAACUCUUUAUUUCUCCAUCCUGCUGGUGUUUGGUGGCCAUCCGGAAGAGAUCACAUUUCUAUAACAGCAGAUCUGGAUAUCAGACUGAAUGCAAUUUCAUAGAGAGGCAAACAUCAGGAGGCUGGUUUAGACCUGCCUGUGUUCAAAGCUCCUGCUAGAGUGAACUGAAGUGGAGGCUUCAGAGGUCUGGGACGGGUCACAGGGCAGUCUACUGAUGUCAGGCCAAAUCAGGUCUGCCAGUCAUGCAGACUGCCGGGUCACGGAGGAAUGCCACGUUCCAGCCGACGUGGAGCUGAUGGAACUCGGGCCCCUGCUGGAAGAAAAUGGCCCCAUGGGAGCCAAAGGACUCCAGUCAGAGGGAGCCGGCGCUCUUGCUGAUGAUGAAGAGGAGGAUGAAGAAGUCGGAGAAGUUCUGACGCUGCCACUGCAGGCUCACCACGCAAUGGAGAAGAUGGAGGAGUUUGUGCAUAAGGUUUGGGAAGGGCGUUGGAGGGUCAUUCCCUUUCACGUUCUGCCAGAGUGGCUAAAAGACAACGACUACCUCCUGCACGGUCACCGGCCCCCCAUGCCCUCCUUCCGUGCCUGCUUUGGGAGCAUUUUCAGGAUCCACACAGAGACCGGGAAUAUCUGGACUCAUUUGUUGGGGUUAAUCUUAUUUUUGUGCCUGGGCACACUUACCAUGCUGAGGCCCAAUAUGUACUUCAUGGCCCCGUUGCAGGAGAAAGUGGUGUUCGGGAUGUUCUUCUUAGGUGCAGUGCUGUGCCUCAGCUUCUCCUGGUUAUUUCACACUGUCUACUGCCAUUCUGAGAAAGUCUCACGCACUUUCUCCAAACUGGACUACUCCGGCAUUGCUCUGCUGAUCAUGGGCUCUUUUGUACCUUGGCUUUACUACUCGUUCUACUGCUCUCCUCAGCCGCGUCUCAUCUACCUCACAAUCGUCUGUGUGUUGGGCAUCGCCGCUAUAAUCGUUGCCCAGUGGGACCGUUUCUCCACUCCACGACACAGGCCCACUAGAGCAGGAGUUUUCAUGGGUCUUGGAUUGAGUGGUAUUGUCCCCACCAUGCACUUCACCAUCGAGGAGGGUUUCGUCAAGGCCACUACUGUUGGACAGAUGGGCUGGUUCUAUUUAAUGGGCGCCAUGUACAUCACCGGCGCUGGAUUGUAUGCUGCAAGAAUCCCAGAGCGCUACUUCCCCGGCAAGUGUGAUAUUUGGUUUCACUCGCACCAGAUAUUUCAUGUGCUAGUGGUGGCAGCGGCCUUCAUUCAUUUCUAUGGGGUUUCCAACCUGCAAGAGUUUCGCUAUGGUCUGGAAGGAGGCUGCACUGACGACACUCUUCUCUGAGAACUCGUCAAACUCACUCUUUUCAAUUAGGAUUAAUAGUACCCCACUUAUACCCAUUCCUUCGUUUUAUUUACCUUUAAGUUUUUCCUGAUUGAUUUAACUUAACUUUUAUUAUUUCACUUUAUUAUUAUUAUUAUUAUUCUGUUACAUGAUUUUGUUUCUUUUGAAGAAAGCAUUUGUGUGGUCAAAGGUAUCCGAUGGCUGGAACAUGAUAACCCUUGUUAUCAUCAAACUUUAAUUUUGAGCACAAUCUCAAAGUUUGAACCGACGUGUUUGUUUUGUAGUGAAAAGCACUUUCAUUGAGCUGUAGAGAUGCGCCCUCAUAAUGUAAUGCAUUUUGUUUCUUAUUGUAAAUGAACAAUUGAGAUCAUUCGAUGCACACCCAAAGUAUUGCCCCAAUAUUAAUAGUGCAAUGUCUUUGAGAUAUUUUGUUCAUAGCGAUUUAACGCACAAAGGGCAUAUAAAGGGUUUGAGGGUAAAAUCUACCUGCUUUGAACACUUGCGCAAUUUUUAACCUUUACUUCUAGGUCAAAUAAUAACAUAAACAGGUCAACUGUUGCACCUUACAGCACAGAUAUUGAAUAUCAUUGUUAUUAAAGCCUCUGCAUGGAUCCAUCUGUGCAGUCUGUAAAGUAUAAACUUUCCUGUAAAGUAUAAGAAUAUUCCUGUGCCUUAGGCCACUGGAAAUAGGUUUAAAAUAGACGGCCAAAACUACAGUGUAGUAAAUUUCAUUAGUCUCAGACAUGGCUAGUUAAUUUACGUUGCAAGCAAUCCAAUCAAAUUAUUAUUAUUAUUAUUAUUAUUAUUAUUAUUAUUAUUAAGAAAUGUUACAUUAAUAACAAGAGUUUGAUCUUUGAUGAACUUUCUCAGACUGCUGUUUGUAAAAAAAAAAUACAUAAAAAUAAAAAAGUAGUGUUUGAUCCUUUUUAAAUAAAUAAGCUAACUAUGUGGCUUUACCACAGACUAAACAAUCCAUAUAUCCAUGUGUUAUGUGUAGAGGUGGUAAAUCAUUUGCAUUUAUUUGAAAUGUGAAAUGUUUAAAUAAAUAUUUAUGGAUCAUG